AUGCAUGGAGUUGUUACAAUUGGUGUCCGUGAUGUAGGGGAAGUAAAUGAAAUGAAUGGAAUUGGGAACCCUUCCCCCUCCAAGAAAAUCUUUACUCCAAUCAGGUCCCCAAGGAGUGCACUGAGUCCACAAAGACAAAGUUUUGGAUCUGAUUCUAGCGGUGAAGCAUCUUCCAGAAUGGUUAGUCCGUCCAAUAAUAAGAAGUUAGGUAAGGUUGAUAAGAUUCAGCCUUCAACUGCAAUUUCUGUUUUAUCAGAAAAACCAGACAUAACAUCAUCAAAAUCAAAGCCCAAAGGAAAAAGUCCUCCUUCAAAACCUCCUGUGGAUAGGAAAAACAAUAACCCUUUGAGAAAACAAAAUACAGAAGUUACUCGCGUGAAAACAUCAAAGCAUUCUUCUGUUGGAAGAUCAGUGUCAUUAAAUCUAGUUGAGAAAUCGACUGAAUCAGCAUUAGAUAAGACUGAGAUGGGACCAGUUUUACUAAACCAAGCAAGGGACCUGAUGUCAUCAGGGGAUAAUCCGCAUAAAGCUCUUGAAUCAGCUCUUCGAGCAAUGAAAUUUUUUGAGAAGGCUGCUGAUGGGAAACCAAGUUUGGAUCUGGUUAUGUGUUUACAUGUUGUGUCAGCAAUAUAUUGCAGCUUGGACCUUUACAAUGAGGCUAUUCCAAUUAUUAAGCGUUCGAUUGAGAUUCCUCUUACUGAGGAAGGUCAACAACAUGCCAUUGCUAAAUUUGCUGGUUACAUGCAAUUAGGGGACACUUAUGCUUUACUGGGACAGCUUGAGAAUUCAAUUAUGUGUUACACUGCAGGGUUGGAAGUACAAAGGCAGGUUUUGGGAGCAACAGACCCAAGAGUUGGUGAAACUUGUAGGUAUGUGGCUGAAGCCAAUUUUCAUGCAUUGGAAUUUGUUGAGGCAGAGAGGCUAUGCCAAAUGGCUCUUGACAUUCAUAGAGCUAAUGGUUCACCCUCAUCUCUUGAAGAGGCUGCUGACAGGAGGCUUAUGGGCCUUAUAUGUGAAACAAUUGGAAAUCAUGAAGCAGCAUUGGAGCAUCUUGUUUUAGCCAGCAUAGCAAUGGUAACAAAUGGCCAGGAAGUGGAAGUGGCCUCUGUUGAUUGCAGCGUUGGAGACUCAUACUUAUCCUUGGCUCGAUAUGAUGAGGCCAUCUUUGCAUAUCAGAAAGCAUUAACAGUUUUCAAGACACACAAAGGAGAGAAUCAUCCUGCUGUGGGAUCAGUCUUUGUACGUCUUGCUGAAUUGUAUAAUAGGACAUGGAAGAUAAGGGAAUCAAAGUUAUUUUGUGAGAGUGCACUUAGAAUCUAUGAGAAUCCCAUGCCUGGGGUCCCUCCAGAAGAGAUUGCUACUGGUCUUACUAAUGUUUCAGCUAUCUAUGAAUCAAUGAAUGAGCUUGAACCCGCACUCAAGUUACUCCACAAGGCACUAGAGAUACAUAACAAUGCCCCUAGUCACCAAAGGACAAUAGCAGGGAUUGAAGCUCAGAUGGGGGUCAUGUACUACACGUUGGAGAAUCAUACUGAAUCUUACAAUGCUUUCAAGAAUGCUGUCUCAAAGCUUCGUGCUACCGGGGAGAAGAAAUCAGCCUUCUUUGGUGUUGUUCUUAAUCAAAUGGGACUUGUCUGUGUGCAGCGUUGUGCCUUAAGUGAGGCUGCAGAGUUAUUUGAGGAAGCUAAGAUUGUUUUGGAACAAGAGCUUGGACCCUAUCACCCUGAAACGCUUGGGGUAUAUAGCAAUCUUGCUGGCACGUAUGAUGCAAUGGGCAGGGUGGAUGAUGCAAUUAAAAUUCUGGAGUACAUUGUGGUUAUGAGGGAGGAAAAGCUUGGGACAGCAAAUCCUGAUGUUGCUGAUGAGAAGAGAAGGUUGGAUGAGUUGUUGAAGGAAACAGGUAGAGUUCGGAACAGAAAAACCAAGUCACUUGAGAACCUUUUUGAUGUCAAUGCUCGUACUAUAAACAAGCUUGUCAUCAAGGCUCGAUAA